AUGCUCUUUACAACUCUGCGAAAACGAGGGCAAACAAUCGCUGAAAUACUUAUUGCUUACUCAUUUAUAGGCCUGCUUCUUGGCAUGCGAUGUAUUCUUGAUCGUCGCCACAUGCCAAGCUUUCAAAUAGACCGUUUUAGUCCACAACUUGCAAUGAUACUUAAUAAUUCAAUGCAUAAUGUGGUCUAUUACCAUCCCUUGAUGCCUAGAUCGCCAGAAAGUUUUUCGUCGUUAUCAAAUACGGAUCUACUAGCAGUUCAUGCUUACAUUAUUUUUACAAACAUGGAUUCGUGCGUAAAUCAAUCGACAAUGCCAGAUCAAGUUCAAUAUACUUUACGCAUGCAGGAGAAUGAUCUUUAUUAUUAUCGUGUUAAUCAUAUCAAGCUUCUCGACAGUGUAAUUCGUACGAAGCGCGCCCCAGAAGAUUUCUGUCAAACUCUAUUGGCGAAAAUUGUCGGAUUUAUCUUAUGGUUUUUUACAUUUGUCGAUUUCUAUACGAGUCUACCGGUUGGUGUUCUUUAUGUGUUGUGUUUUUUUCCAAACAUUGGAAUAAUGAUAUGUGUUCAAGUUCUUCUACAAUAUGAACGUAAAUGUGUGGCAACAAUAACAUACUCUGAACUCUAUUCGAAUCUGUUUACAUAUCCACUUUAUAUUGGCAUUUGUCUGCUUUUGAUGCUUGUCUAUUCUAUUAUCUACAUGCUUCUGGCUAUUUAUAUUGAACGUAUCAAUCCAGGUUCAUUCGGCAUAUCUCAACCAUGGAAUUAUCUAUGUAAAAUAGGCUAUUGGAAAUCACGAUCAUCAUCUUGUAUUCAACACAUAAAUAUUAGCAAGACUCAAAGAAAAAAUGAGCCGAUUAUUGAAAAAAAUCAUUGGAUUGAAUCCAAUGCUCUUGCCCGUGCAAAGUUACCUAUUUUAAGUAUUCAUAAUAUGACAAAGAAAUUCGGUAAAUUAGACGCUGUUAAGAAUCUAUCACUCGAUUUUUAUAAUGGAGAAGUGUUUUCAUUACUUGGACACAAUGGUGCAGGCAAAACAACCACUACUUUCAUUCUCGUUGGUAUGCUUCAGCCGACGUCGGGUUCUAUUACUGUCGAAGGGUUGGAUGGCCAAAUCAAUAUUCAAGAAGUUCGAAAAAUGAUUGGUUUCUGUCCACAAUAUGAUAUUCUCUACGAUCAAUUAACUGUUAGAGAACAUUUAACACUAGUCUCAGAGAUGCGUCAAAUAAGACGAAAAGAUGUGAACCAAUCUAUUGAUUAUAUUCUUGAUCUUAUUGGACUUGUUGAUCACCAACAUACAUGGGCAAAGAAUUUGUCCGGUGGUAUGAAACGUCGGUUAUCGAUUGGCAUUUCAUUAGUUGGUGAUUCGAAGGUAUUGAUUUUGGAUGAACCAACUAGUGGCAUUGAUCCCUAUAAUCGUCGUCUCAUAUGGACAAUCAUAAGAAAAAUGAAAGAAGCUGGAAAGUGUAUAAUUAUGACAACGCAUUUCCUCGAAGAAGCCGAUGUUCUAUCGGAUCGUAUUGCCGUUAUGACCAAAGGCCGAUUGCAAGCAAGUGGAACACCCGCAUUUCUCAAGCAACAAACAGAAUUUGAAUAUCGCGUUUUCAUUGAGAAAAAGUCAACGUGUGAUAUCGAACGCGUCACUGAAUUGUUCCACAAACAUGUGCAAACUGCAAUAUUAGAAAGACAAUCAUCAUCGGAAUUAGUGUUUGGAAUUAAACGUGGUAUGUCACAACAAAUUAGUCGUUUAAUCAAAGCUCUCGAUGAAGAAGGUCCAACAAUCAAUAUUGAUGGAUAUGGUUUAUCGAUGACAACAGUGGAAGAAGUAUUUUUAAAACUUGUGGAAGAAGAUGAAGAAGAAGAAUACAAUGAAGCGAAUAAAACUAAACAUGAGCACGAAAAACCAAAGAGCGAUCUAGCAAAUACUGGUAUGCAUAUUCUUAAUGAACAAAAAACACAUCCGAUUCACCUUAUUCUUUUUUUUAUUACCACAGUAUUCCAGCGAAAGCCCAGCCGCGUCACUGGUUGCUUUCUCGUUUGGUUUCGACUUUUCACUCUCAUCAUCAAACGAUGGAUUCUUUCUCGUCGACAAAUACUUGUUCUAAUCGGCUUCUUUUUAGGACCAUUGGUAAUCGAAAUUUUGUCUAUUUCUACAUUACCUUCGCCGCAAGCUAUUCAAGGAUCGCUUUUGCAAAAUGAACGUGUCGAAAAUGCUGAAGUUACACUGCUUCCUUCGAUAUACAAUCCGCACACCAUAGUUAUCAACUCGAAUGAUGCCGAAAAUAAAAUGCAAGGAUAUUUAAGCAACUAUUUAACAGAGAUGGGUGCGAACCUUGAUGUUAUCAAUACAAGUAAUAUAACCGAUUAUGUUCUAUCAAGAAAUCAAGUUUCAUACGAUGUAUACGUUAAUAAAUAUCAAAUGGGUUUUGCAAUUUCGAGAAAUAUACAAUUGUUUACAUUUAAUGUUUUCUUUUCGACAGUAAACUACCAUGCAAUGGCAACGAGUCUGAGCGUUGCAACAACAUCUCUAUUUCAGUAUUAUGCAAACUCAUCGUUGCGACAUAUUGAAACCAUCAAUCAACCAUUUUCUACUGUAUCGAACUCGGUGACACCUCGGGCAAUAUUUUACGAUCAAAUAUAUUGCUUUGACACAAUUCCAUUAUCAUUAUUGAACUUUAUUAAUAGUAUUAUUGCAGCAAUCUUUAUUAGUAUUUUGGCAUUGAACAUUAUUCGUGAACGCAUUCGUCACUCGAAAGAUUUACAAUUAUUAACAAAUACAUCAAAGAAGCUGUAUUGGCUUUCGAAUUUUAUCUAUGAUUUGGCAUUAUGCUUGAUUCUUUCUGCGCUUUUAACCAUUGCUGUAAAGAUAGGAUCUGCAGCAAAUCCUGAUCCAAAUGUCGAAGUCAAGAUUUAUCAAGGUACUGCACAAAUCGGCUAUUUUUUUCUCUUAUAUGUCAUGUUUUCGUUGGCUUCAUUACCAUUCAUGUACUCAUAUUCAUUUAUUCCACAAUCUGAAUUGAUUGGUUUUAUAAUGUUUUUGAUGCUUAAUGCACUCGUAUGUUUUAUCGACAUGGUAUUCGGUUUUAUUGCGUUAUUUUCACAAGCAUCACCAUCGGCCAGUCUUACUGAAAUUGGUACAACAGCACGAUCCAUGCUAAUUCUCCGUGCGCUUCUUGCUGGUAUCUUUCCAACAGUAAAUUUCAAACAGGCUUUAUACAAUAUUCGUUUACGCUCAGAUCCAAAUUGUAUUUCAGCAAUCAAUGCUAUACUGAUUACUAAUUAUUCUCCUGACGUGCCUUGGGCUUCAUUGAAUGAACCCGGCAUUGGAUUACAAUUAGUUAUAUUUGCUGGUCAAAUGGUACUUUGGUGGAUUUUCUUGGCAUGUAUAGAAAAUCGAACGAGCAUGAGAGAAUAUGUUUGCUGUUGUUUUAAUCGAAAAAAACGCAACGCAACUAAUAGAAAGAAAGAACAAGCGUAUAGCAGUGAUUCAAUGGAUGCACUGGAAUGGGAUGAUUCGAAACUUGAUAAGGACGUUCGAGAUGAACGUCGAAUGGUUCACGCCAAUAGAGAUUCAUUAACAUCGAGUGUUGUGCUCGUUCGAGAUCUAGUGCAACGAUUUAGAAAACGAAAAGGAAAAUCAAUUCUUCGAUCUUACUCCACGACAGUUGAUCAUUUGAAUUUUUACGUUCCAAAACAAGCAUGCUUUGGUCUUCUAGGUGCCAAUGGAGCUGGCAAGACAACAACAUUUCGAAUGCUAAUCAAUGCUAUUCAACCAAAUGCUGGAGAAAUAAUUAUUAAUGGUAAAAAUAUCAACGAAACGCAUGGAGAUAUCGAUAUGGGCUUUUGCCCUCAAUUCGAUUGGCUGAUUGAUGAUCUAAAUGUAGUGGAAACGUUGACUCUAUUUGCACGAUUGAAAGGUUUAUCAUCAUCAAUAAUUCCAACUAUUUGUGAUGAUAUGAUACAACUAUUUGGUCUUGAACAUUAUCGUGAACGCGAAGUACAAAAUCUCAGUGGUGGCAACAAACGAAAAGUGAGCGCUGCUGUUGCAUUCAUGGCAAAUCCAUCAUUGGUAUUUUUAGAUGAACCAACUACGGGCUUGGAUGCUGGUGCAAAGCGAAAAUUAUGGAGCGUUAUUCGAGCAGCUCGUGAUGCUGGCCUGACUAUAAUCAUGACAAGUCACAGCAUGGAAGAAUGCGAGGCAUUAUGCACAAAAAUUGGUAUUAUGAAAUCGGGCCAAUUUAUUUGCCUUGGUAGCCUUCAACAUUUAAAAACUCGCUUUGGUAAAGGCUAUGCAGUACGAAUAAAAGUACCCGCUGAAAGAAUGAGCGAAUUUCAACAAGAAAUUAAGACAACUUUGCCAGGAGUCAAAAUCCAAGAUGAACAGAACGGUGUGCUGUUUUGCAAUGCGCCACUCUCGUCUAAUUUAUCCCUUGUAUUUGAAGUACUUAAUACAAAAAAAGAGCAGAAUAUUAUUGAAAACUACUCGGUGAACCAAACAACACUUGAGCAAAUAUUUGUUCGUCUGGCUGGUCAUGAUGUAAACGAUGACGACAAUUUGGCUGAGACUGACUGUAUUCCACCACAGCUUGCGUUUAAUGCGACUAAUGCUAAGCCAGGUAUGUUUGUACCAAGAAUUAAUGCUACUAAAUCUCCAACAAGAGCGAUUUAUUUUGAUACGAAUGAUUUUCAGAAAAGACAAAGCGAUCGUUUAUUUUAUGUUUUAGCAGCUGUUAUCAAUUGUGCACUGUCGACAAGCGCUCUGGACAAUUUGGAUUUAGAUCAAUACUUGUCUGCUGAAAGUAUUGAUAUUCAUCUUUAA